CUCAAAGUCAUGGGUUCACACAAUGUGGUUAAGUUUCUUCUUUCGUGUCAGAAAUUAUCAAAUGAAAAUGCGUCUCAUUAUUCUCGCCUACUUUUGCUUCUUCUUAGAAAUUGCCUCCUCCAUGCAUGUUAUUUCAAAAAAGUUCUUCGUCAUGCAUGUCUAUAGAAUUACAUAAGCCCAAAAUUAUUCCUACAACCUAUGAAACUUUGUUCUAUGUCUAUGGAAUUACCAAAAGCCCAAAUCAAAGCCCGUAUAAGCCCAUUCGAGAUACUUUUUGUGUUCCUCAUUUUCCUCUCGGUGCAUAUCCAUAUUCCAUCUGUUUCUCUUCCUUGAUUAUCGGCCAAUCAUAGAACAAGAAGUAGAGAAAGCAGAAGAUACACUACAGAGACAGAGAGAGAUCUUGACAAGAUGGGUAAAGCAAGAGGAGUGAACAAUGGCGUGAAUGAAAGUUCUCUCGGUUAUCUUUUUGGUUCCGGCCAGCCUUCUUCCGCUGCUGCUGCCACAAUGGGGACUACUACUACUACAACCACCACAACUACCACCGAUGGGACCGGAGGCAGACCGAUAACCACCACGACGACCACAGUCACUGAUAACAAGAAGACAUCUGCAGGUGUUAGAGGAAGUCCUAAUAAUUACUUCAGAUCAGAAGGCCAAAACUGUGGAAACUUUCUCACGGACAGGCCAUCUACUAAGGUUCAUGCAGCUCCUGGUGGAGGAUCUUCUCUUGAUUAUCUGUUUGGAGGACCAAGUCCUGCUGGAUCUGGAAACAAAUGAAGUUACUUGUAGUUUUUUUCCCACUAUUCAGAUUCGUGUAAAUCAUCAAAAGUGUUGGCUUUUAUCCCUUAGUGAACCCUGUGUGAUUCAAUUGUGAUGUUUGCCUUUUGUUCUCUUCUUUGUCUUGUUAAAAGGAAUUUUCAGACAAUGUUCUCUUUAAGAGUUCCAAGAAAAUAAACUAAGUACUGAUCAACCAAGA